CCUCGUAUGGUGUAAGACCACUAAACCUGAUGUAAGACCUAAAAAGUGCAACAACACUAACAGCUAAGGAAAUUAUUGGAAUUUAUUGUUGUAUCUGUUUAACAUUUUUUAUGAGUGAUAAUUUCGUUAAAUAUUGUAUUUGAAUUAAACUUAUGCAAUACUUCAUUGUAUAAAUAGAAAAAAAGUAAUUAAAAGCUAUAUUCUGUGUUAAAAGUAUCAAAAUGGCAGAUUCUAAAAAAAAUAACGAUGCAGCUUUGGAAUGGUUGAAAUUGAAAACGGACAAAGGCCAAAAACCAGAUUAUCAAAUUAGAGCUGAAAUGGAAGAUGUUGGCAAUAAAUUUUUGAGAAAAUUUAAAGAAAACCCAUUCGUCCCUAUUGGUGCAUUGGUCACUGUUGGUUUUUUAGGUGUAGGUCUAAAGAGUAUGUAUGAUGGUAACAGAGUGAGAUCUCAAAUGAUGAUGCGAGGACGUAUUGCAGCUCAAGGAGUUACUAUAAUAGCUAUAUUGGGUGGUCUGUUUUAUCAAGGAAUGACAGCAUUGAAAGAAACCGAAGAAGAGACUCAUGAAACUGGCUUAAAAUAAUGAUUUCAGCCAUGUUACAUAUUGUUUUACAGUCCAAUUAUUUGUCGUUGUUUUUGUAUAACUUAUAAACUUUACAUUUUACAUAGAAUUACUUGUUUGCACCUUAUUUAAAAAUGAGCGUUUGC